AUGAUCCCCCUAUUUGAUCCACUUAUUUAUGAUCUACUUACUUCUAGCUCAUCAUCUACACCUAACGCCGCACCUUCCUCUCACCACCAACAACAUUCAAGUCGAAGAAAGAAGCAUUCAAACAAAAUCAAUAGAAAGAAAGUUGAUGAUGCCAUAACUUGGUCAGCUUUUGCCGUUGAAGAAGACAAUCAAGGAAAUCAUGAUGUCGCAAUGGAAUUUUAUUUGAAAGCGAUCGAAGAUAUGUUAGAAGCUGUACCUAUUCAUGCCAAUCAAUCUCGAAAGGACGCGUUAAAAAAUAAAUUAAGAGAUUUUAUGGAUAGGUCGGGGCUCACUGAUGACUUCAUGGAGUCGACCAAUGCUUUUUCGGCCGCAAAAACGGCCGAAUGUGAAGAAUCUCAAUCACGUAGUGGGGCAAACAUUUCGCAACAUUUCAUUCAAGCCGCAAUCACAUCGGCCGUCGCAUUAAAACAAUCACCAAUUCCCGAUGCCAUAACAGCCACAAUGAAUUACACCAUGAAGAAGAUCCAGAAAAUUGACGAAACUUAUGGACUUCAAGAUAAAGCGUGGGAAAUAUCGAGGUCCGGAAUGAACUUGGCGUUGGGUGUAGAUGAUGAGCUAGAAGAUUGCGCGGCGACAGAGUUGGCGUUUCCCACGUUAUUGUUUGCAACCACCAAUUUUUGUGGAGCGGAGGCAACAAUGGAAGAUGAAACGGAAUUUUGUUGUUUAGGAACUCGUCGUUGGAAGAGACUUUUGCUUCUUGUUGAGAAGGUUGCUGAAAAUAUCCGCCAAACGAAAGGUUCACCAAAGAAGAAGGAAGAAAUUGUGUUGGAAGCGCUGAUG